CGAACAAGAGGGAACCAUUUUCACUAACUUCAGAAACACGCAAUUUUUUACAAAUUGUUUACACAAUAACUGAAUAAUUUAAUCUAGAGGAUGAGCAAGUUGGCGAAAACGGUUUUUGGAACGUCCUGCGUCAUUACUGCGGGCACUAUUGGAUACGUACACCUCCGUCAGCAUUUGGACAGACAAAAUCUGCACGAAGGAAUUACCAAAGAUUUAGAACGUCAAGAAAAAAACGUAUUUCCACUUGAAGCCACGAGUCAUUCGGUCGCCGACGUGAAGCAGAUUAGAAAUAGUAACAGUAGCAGUUCAAGGAUAAGAGAGUGAAUUUCGUUCGACGAAUGCGAUAAAUAAAUUUG